AAAUCUCUGAAAAAUCAAAACCUACAGGACCAAAAAGCAUCAUUUUUGCCUAAUUUCACUUCAAAAUCAGAACAAAAAUACUCCGUUCAAAUAGACUAUACAGAACACUUGCUCCGAUUUUCCACUUCCUUCCGCUCCGCCGCCGCCCUGGCAAUUUUGGAAUUUUGUUUUGAUCGGAGAAAAAUCCGUCGUAAGUAUAUGUGCUGAGUUUACGAGUUCGUCGGAUUUCUCAGCACAAUUGGACUCGCUACUAAGAAAAUUCCACCCUUGCCUUUCAAAGAUUCGAAAUUAGUUUCAACGAUGGCCGGAGUUCCAAAAUUAGUCGAUUUGUGCAUCGCCGCCAUUGCAGACGAACUUAUGCAAGGAGAUGAUAACAAUGAUAUUCUUAUGGUGAUUUAUGAACUUCCGUCAGAAUUGUUCAAUAGCUUGUUGCCGCACUUGCCUCCAUUGGCAUUGCAGAAGUUACAAGAGAAUUUGCCAGUUAACUUCAGGGAUAGCUUUGACUGUACUUACGAUUACCUUGGAGACUGUCGAAAACGUAGAAGAUAUGGGAUAUUAGAUGCAGCAUGGCGUGCACUACACAAAGUUCGUUGGCCUGGUUUUGGUCAGCAGAAGCAGCCUGUGCCUUGGUUGGAUAAACAAGAUGAAGUGAAGUACGAUUCUGUUGAUGACUGGCAGCAGAUGUACUGGGAGGCACACUUGCAAGAUUGCGUGGAUGCUGUAGCAGAAACAGCCUUGCUUCCUUCUUAUGAUGGUUCCAUUGCGGAAAUAAAAAUUCCCGAUGGUAUACUGCAACAGAUUGGUCUUAGCGGUCACUCUAUUAGCUUGACAUCUGACUGUCUCAAAUUCUCUUACCAUUGCCAGAAAUUUGCUGCUUAUGCCAGACAGCUAAGACUUCCAAAUGCACUCUGUGUUGCAGAAACUUGUGACUUGUUACGGAGCAGUAAGUUGGGAAGCCUGGAACUUCAGUGGAUUAAAUCCACCGACCAUGUUGAGGGGUUAUGUAAACUUUUAAACCAGAAUAGCAAGACCUUGAAGUCAAUUCACUUGGUCCAUUGCAAGCUUUCUACCACUUUCAUAAAUGCAAUUUGUGACUCACUGCAAUUAAAGGAUCUCCAAGCACAUGCAGUUGAACAUUUUUCUAUCAAGAGAUCAAGCUUCCUUCAAACUGAUUCAUCUCCCAUACCGGUUGGAUUGGUUUCUUUCUUAACAUCUGGGAGGUCUUUGCAAUCAUUAACCUUAUGUGAUGACCAACUAGGGCGAAAUUUUGCAAGAGUGAUUUUUAAUUCCCUCCUUGAUGUUUCAGCUAGUAUUUCCAAGCUGGACCUUUCAGAAAAUGAUAUUUCAGGUUUCCUUUCUCAGUUUCGUUGGAGAUCAUCAAGUUGCCCAAGUGGACUAGGCAAGUCAUUGCACUCAUUACGAGUGCUCAAUUUAAGGUUCUGCAACUUAGUAAUUGAUGAUGCAAACUGUCUCAAACAGGCUCUGCUUCACAUGCCUAAUUUGGAGAAUCUUGAUUUAAGUGACAAUUAUAUCGAGGGUGGAUUCAGGAAUGUGAUCGCCUAUUUUACUGAGAUCUCUGGCAGGGAAUUACCCUUUGCUGACUUAAAGCUUGAGAAUUGUGAGCUUACUUGCGACCAAGUGAUUGAACUUUUAGGAGUUCUUUCAACUAUGAAAAAACCACUUAAUUUGCUCUCAAUCAAAGGCAAUAGACUUGGCAGUAAAAUUGGGGUGUCAUUGGGCGAAUAUUUGCGCUCUGGCGUUUGCGCCGUUGAUAUUGAAGACAUUGGACUUGGUUCUUCUGGCUUUCGAGAAGCUCUCAAGGAAAUAUCAAAGGAAUUGAAGAUUGUUUAUAUAAAUAUAAGCAACAACCAAGGUGGGAUUGAAGCUGCACGGUUUAUAUCAAGCCUCGUUACACAUGCUCACAAAAUCACGGCAAUUGAUGCAAGAUAUAACUUAAUGCCUACGGAAUCGUUAUCAGUAAUAUCCGCUGGCUUGAGAGCCUCAAAAGGAACACUCGAGCAUCUGGACUUAUCUGGAAAUAGUUUAUGUGAUCAACUUGUCGAUGAAGCAUCCGUUUUGGCUGAAUUCCGAAUCCAUGGGCAUUGUCCUCUUAACAUUUCAUUAUCGGCUGCUCCAAAUGUACCAUACGACAAUGACCCUUAGCUAAGUACACUAAUCUUUAUUUCCUUUUUGUUGAUUUUAUUGCUUGAUCUUACGAGUUACGGUUUAUUUACGUGUAACAUAAUCUGCAGUUACAAAAACCUAUUAAAAUGUACAUGAUUUGUGAGUGCUUACUUUUUUUUUUCCAUUC